GUACAUUUAUCAGUGUGCAGAGCAGGCGUUUGCUCGACGUUCAGGUUGUCAGUACAGCUAAAUAUCCUCCUGCAGCGUUUCCUUCUCCUCGUAUCUGUGUGCUUACUGCUGGUGGACUGCGUGGGUUUAUUAAUGGUGCUUGGUUUAGCGUGGGGAAACGCGUAUUUGCCGGGAAACUCCGACACGCCGGCGCAGAUGACAUUGCUCUCUCUGCGAUCUACACAUCAUGCUUCCUCGUGCAGGUAAAGAGUUUCUGGUCCGCAUACGGUUCUCCUGGAGGCCGCUCUUCCAGGGCCGCUACCUGCUGUUCACCAAUAUCAUGAGCGGAGGGGUCAUGCUGUCUCUGGGAGACAUCCUGCAGCAGUCUUGGGAGAAGCACAAGGACCCUGGCAAAGUCAGAGAUUGGAAUAGGACAGGUCGCAUGUUUGCGGUGGGCUGCUCCAUGGGUCCACUCCUGCACUACUGGUACCUCUGGCUGGACAGAGUGUACGCGGGCAAAGCUCUGAACACUUUGGUCAAGAAGGUUGUGGUGGACCAGCUGGUUGCUUCCCCGACUCUGGGCAUGUGGUAUUUUUUAGGUAUGGAUCUCCUGGAGGGGCGCAGUUUAUCCGAUGGGUGGGUGGAGUUUAGGAACAAGUUUUGGGAAUUGUAUAAGGCAGAUUGCUGUGUUUGGCCCGCUGCUCAGAUGAUCAACUUCUACUUUCUCUCACCCAAGUUUCGCGUUGUGUACAUCAACUUUAUCACCUUAGGGUGGGACACCUACCUCUCCUACCUCAAACACAGAAAUGACAGUCAGCCUGCUGAGCUAGCAUCGGACAGCGAUAACGUGGAAGUACAGGAGGAAGUGCUCCCUUUGGAGGAGAAGGCUUAAAGAUUCAGCUUGUAUGGCGCUCAGUAGAGAGUAGAGAUCAGUAGAGAUGAUCCAUUUUUUUUUAUGCAUUCAUACCUAUUUUCCUCCCUUGGAAACUACAAGACUGUUGUGUGCAUGCAGCAAGUUGUGUUUUAUAUGUUGGUUAAACUGACCGUACUAAGUGCCAGUAUGCUUUUCCUUAAUACCUGAAGAGUUCUCAUGUGUUUAUGUGUGAGUCAUGUGUGCUCAUGUAGAUGCAUUCAGGGAUGAAAAGCUAUUUGACUGCCCUCAGCCACAGCACUUGGAAUGAAUUUAAGUUAGUUUAAAAAUUCCAACAGACGGUUUAUUUAAAAAAAAAUAAUAAUAAUUUAAACCCGGCUCUUGUCAUACUUUUAUUUCUGUCCUUUAUGCUUAGUGGGGUUAAAAAAAAAAUCAAAUCAGUAUUUAAGUGAAAGAGCUCUCCUAAACUGAGUUUCCUUCAACACUAAGCCCUGUUGGACCUCUGUAAACAUUGCCUUAAUAUAUAGCCCAGUGCUGUGCUUGCUUUAAUGCUAAAUAAUCUCCAUUUUAACUUAACCCUCUGAGGUAAAAUAAAACAUGAUUGUGGAAGUGUCUCUGUUAUGUCACACAUGAUCAAUAACUAUGCGCAUACUUGCUUGAAAACCUGGUUGUAAGUUUUAAAAGUAAUUUUUAACUGUGCAGUAGUUUUACACUCGUGACUGUAAAAUUUCUACCAGUUUGUUUAUUUAUUAAUGAGAUUUUAGCUUUGGCAGGUCCAGUGAUGAUUUAAUUUAUGUAA